AGUGGAAAUUUCAACCCUGACCAAAGAAAAUUCUCAGGGCCCGCCUCAAAGAUGCCAAUCACUUUGUAUUUUCAAUCGAUGGGCUCGUUUACCGUGGCGCCUUUGACUUCUUUGGUCCGGGCCCAUUAUCAUUCAUGCAGUACCAAUUAUGAUGAUUAAAGUCCAUACACCUCCAUUUUAAUGUAGUUGCUCGCACUAUGCCCUUUGUUCAUGUUAGAAUUUUGUGUUUCUCAGGAGGGCAAGGACUCUAUCUGUCCCUAGCUCUCUCUUCUUGCCACCAUUUGGCCUACUAUUUGACCUCUUUAUUCACCCGUCCAUUUAUAGUUUUGUUAUCGCAGAAUGAACCUGAGUAUCUUGUGUAUUCUUCUUUGGCAGCGUGUAUGUAGCCACCAUAACACAUUUCCGGAUCUUAUUCCAAUCGACUUGGACGUCCGUUCCUAUAUGCAUGCACCGCAAAUUGCAGUCACACGGGUUGAUAGUGAAUAUAAAACCUGCCUCUUUGAUAUUGAGGAGGAACACCAAAGUAAAUACAAAAUUGGAAACGUAUGGGAUGGAGUAUUCAAAGUGUAUGAUGACUCUGAUAUUAUACUAACUAGGAACAUAUUCUACAUCUUUAUACCAUUUAUCAGGAGUUACAUACAAAUCAACAGCAGGUAUCUGCAUUCAAGUGGUAAAAUCACAAUGGAAACCGUUGAAUUUGUAAAACAUGCCACGGAAGAACAUUACGUGGAACUCAUAAGGGAACCAGUAACAUUUGAUCUCGCUCAACUUCCAUUGGCUCCAUUGGUUAUUAUAUUAAAGGAAAUUAACGGAUACAAGGAAUUUGUAGUUGACGAAUUUUUUAAAAUGGACAUGUUCAUCGGAGCUGUCAUUAAUGGACACGCAGUAAUAGACAACAGAGUACAUGGAGUAAUUUAUAAAAUUGUACGGCUAGAAAUAAUCAGCCCAGAAAAACAUAAAGUUACCGUCAAAACACUCACAAAACAUGGAGUUGAAUAUCUCGAUGAAUUCGAAUCCACACGGUGCGGGAAUGCGUUCAACUAUUUGCAAACGUUACAUGAAGAAAGUAGCACAUUUUAA